AUGUAUAACCGUUAUGUUGAAACUGGUCGAGUCCACUUCGUUCGUCAACACAGCGAAGACGCCACCGCCGAUGAAAAAUCACAAUGGGACGACUUGACAACCCCACGAAGCCUCGGUCUGAUUCUCAAGAGUAUCACGACCGAGUACAAGUUUCCCCUGAAGUUUCCUGACCAUAUCACUUUGGUUUACAAGCUACUCGAAGAGCCUACGUACGAGUCGACGUCAGUCAAGAUGGAAGCAUGGAUUCUCUCGGAGCAGUAUCGUCGCGUGGCAGCUAGAUGUAUCGACGAUACUGUCAUUUAUGACUACACCACUGCAAAUAAGUCGGUUCUCAAGCCAUUCAUGGUUGAUAAGCUUAAACGUACUUUCAAACAACAGCAAGAGUCUCACAGGAAGUACACGGAGGAAGCCAAUCGGGUGAUUAAGGCUGUCGAGGAGUUGAAGAUGCAGUAUAAUUGA